UCAGGGAUUCUGCUCAGCAGGGACAAAGAUAGGAAAUGUAUCAAUUAAAUGUAUAAAUUUAGAACAGUAAAAGAGUCGCCCCACCCCCCUCAGAGCUGCAUUAGAUUUAGAAGGUGAAAAAUGAAAUGUUACACUUCAAUAUUAGAAAAACUCAAAAAAAUGUAAAAUAGAAAGUAAUUGGAAAAAGUCGUUAUUUCUGGGGAACAAUCUGAAACCAACUGAACUGGAAAAAGCUUUUUAAGGUAAACAUGCCCUUUAUGUUUACCGGUUACCAAAUGAACUGCUUGCAGAAAUCUUUCUGACCUCCAAGUCUGCCACCAUGUGGUAUAUUAGAGGUACUGCAGUGGCAGCAGGCAUCUAUGGGAAGAGACAGUAUUGCUCUUGGGGGAAGUGCAAUGUGCAUGUUGCACAUUUCUGGGAGCACAUUGCCAUGCGAUUGCCAAUGCUACAGGCAGAAGAGGUGGUUGAUGGAUGGCACAUGGGUAUUUCCAGGAGCUUCAAUGCCCAGCUAAAUGCACAAUUAGUGAAUACACAAGGCAUUAGGGCCCCCCCCAGCCCAUGACAUGUGGAUCCAAGCAGAGGACCAGUGAUGUAUCUGUCUCUUAUCUCUGUUCCCCCAACAGGUGUCUGUAGGCUGGAGCUAUGAAUAGUGGGUGCUCUGUGCCAAUCCCCCCCUGAUUAGGGGCACCUUGUUCUGUGGGGGAUCCCACAAGGGGCUCAGAUCAUGGAGCCGUCCCUGAACUGCUCUGCACUGUUGAACAGCCACAUUGAUACCAGUCUGGAGAAGGAAGAGGCUGUAAAGGUUCUGCAGGAGCUGUGCAAUGUCUCCUGGGCUCCACAGAGGAAACAGAUCUCUACUGCUCUCAUGGGAAUCUCAGGGGCCCUCCUGUCAUUGGGGCUGUUACUCACUCUCUUCUUCUUCAUCUUCACCCUUCGAUUUCGCAGCAACAGGAUAGUGAAGAUGUCCAGCCCCAACCUGAACCUGGUGACCCUGGUUGGCAGUGCCCUCACUUAUACCAGUGCUUUAUUAUUCCUGGUCCAGGAGCCCAAUAUCUCCAUGGAAACCAUCUUUCAGGUGCGGAUCAGUCUGCUGUAUCUGGGGGUCACGCUGGUGUUUGGGCCCCUGCUGGGGAAGAGCUGGAGGCUGCAUCGAGUGUUCACUCACAGAGUUCCUGACAAACGUGUGAUUAUUAAAGAUGUAACCCUGCUGAGUCUUGUGGCUGGACUUCUGUUCACUGAUACCCUCUUACUCCUUAUGUGGGUACUGUCCGACCCGGUGGUCUGUGCUAGGAGUGCCAGCGCCAGUAUUCAGGCGGCUGCUCGGGAGACACUGUACUCAGUCACCACCCGGUAUUUCUGUGCUUCCAAAUAUAGCGACCUCUGGACCAGCCUCCUUGUUGGCUUUAAGGCUGCCCUGCUUAUUUAUGGAUGUUACUUGGCUGGACUGACCAAUAACAUCAGCUCUCCACCAGUCAACCAGUCUCUGGCUAUCAUGGUUGGCAACGGCCUGGCGAUGGCUGCCACUGGGGUGGUCUUCUUGGUUACUCGUUUCUUCCCUGAUUGGCCGAACCUGGUCUAUGCAACAACAUCAGGAAGCAUCUUGAUCUGUACAACCUCCAUCAACUGCCUUAUCUUCAUCCCACAGUUGCUACAAUCGAGGCAGUUUGAGGAGGAGCAGGUCCAGAGCACACAAAUGACCAAGUAUUUCAGUAGCCCCAGCAAGAGCUUCCGGUCCAUGUACAGUGAGGAGCAGAUCUACCACCUGCUGGGGGAAAACACGUCCAUGAGAAAGCUCCUUUCAGAGCAAAAUGCCAUCAUAGAAAGCCUCCAAGAGCAAGUGAGCAACGCUAAGGACAAGCUGGUGAAGCUAUUAAAAUCUGAGUGCAGCUUUGAAACCAUUGAAGUGACCAGCCUGUCUGUAUUAUCUGCUUCAACGUUGGCCAUUCAGCACCAUGUGGCCCCUGAACAUAUGAAGAUCAUUGAGGAACCUGCACCUCUUGAUACUGUAGAGAACGUGGAUCAUGAAGCUGUCAUUAAGGACACUCAGGAGGGUGAUACUAACCAUGGCACACAGAGUGAUGUUUUCGAGUCACCCAAGAACCAUAAUAUACAGGAGUUAAAAGACAAGCCUCAAGAAGGGCCACAAUGUACCAGCAAGCCUACUGAAUACUCAGUCUCAAAACAAGAGGACAUGUCAACAUCAGACUUCAGAAAUGUGAGUUUUGCUGACAGUGUAUCUAAAGCCCAUUACCAGCACCAAGGGGAACAGUCAGAGAGGACACAUGAAGUUUUAGAGCAAUUAUCCAGGAAAGUGAAUUAUGUGAGCAGUGAGAAACUGCAAGAGAUUCUCAAAGAACUUGAGACAGUGUCAACCUGUGGCCACCAGUCUCCCAAAAGACAGAGAUGUGCAAGUCACAGUGUGAACAGGGACCCUGGUUUGGCUCCUUCAGAAGGAAUUCAGAAAAUGUGCCUCAGCUUGUCCCCUUAUAUGAUGCGUAGAAGGCGAGGACCUUGCUACAGUCAGAGGAACCAACACCCUUCCCAUCACUUUCCAAAUGCAUUACCCCCACAGACUUGGUGCCUCUUAAACAAAGAAGCCAGAAACCGGAGUAAUGGGGUAAAGAGAACAAGAAAUGAAAGGCCGAGUCACACAGGAGAAGAGAGAACAGCAGAAGUUAAUACGGGCCAUGGGUAUCAUAAUCCAAGUCUCUUAACUAAGACCAUGGAGCUGAGUGUUCAUGGGAAAGAAGAAAAUAGGACCAGAGUAGAUAAUGGAAUAUGGAUGACCCCCAAAUACUCAAUUUCACAUCCUCCAGAGAACCCUUCUGGCUCUAUUCCUACGAGCAUCAGGAGACACACAGAAAUACAAGCCCAUGCAAUGGUGACCUUAGCCGACCUCAGAUCCCAAACUACUUACACAGAGACAGAUUCAAGUAGCUCUGAGGGGACAAUCUGCUACUGUCACAGGCCUUACUGCGAGUUGUGCUUUCCAAAUGAGUAUGACUCAAGUGACAGCUCUGAAACAGAUAGUGGUGACCAACUACAUGGGUGGACAACCGAAAAAAAACCUCCACAAUUGGUAGUUAAUUUCAAUGAAGAUUUGACUCCAACUUUUGUUUAGAGGCAUGACCAUAACUGCCCCUCCUUAGCUUCUGGGGGAAGGGAACCUACAUUCUAUCUAACACGACGUACUGUAUGUUUGAUAUCAUUUUCUCCUGUAACUGUGUUUCAUGCAAAGGAAGUGUUCAGUCACUAUAAUCAAAUAUGCCCAAGCCCAUCCCCAAGGAGGCACGUUAUGUCAAGUUGAUGAAGUUGGAUGAAAUUUCUUUCAUACAGGAGAUGCGUUUCACAUGUUUUGCAGUUGUCUCUGUUAAUGUUUGUGAUGUGAACUUACCUCUGGUUACAGGCUGUGACAUUGUGGUGUACCCAAAAUAAAUUUCCCUGUUUCAACUUAAGAUGGCUAUUGUGGAUUCAACUUGGGUGUAGGCUCCAGAAUUUGAAGCUGGUAAGCUGGGAUGACCUGGUUCAAUAAGUGCCAAGAUCCUGGUAAAUUAUUGUGUUUGUGCAUCUAGAAGAUUUGGGCACAAAAUGAUGAUUGCUUUGGUAAGCCCAUGAUGUGUAUGAAGGCACAUGGGUUGUUUAAUCACCUUAUCUUACACAUAUACCUUUAUGGAAACACAGGAACAUAUUGUUGUGUAUCUAAUUUGGCUUUUACCAUCCAUGGUUUUGUAAGAUGAUGAUACAUUGAUGACGUACUUGGGCAUGGGGACGGACCAUGGAUCAUUUUAGCUAAGGUUUUAAGUUCUAGAGUUGACACCCAAGUUGAAAAGGUUAACAAACACAGAAGUAUUUUGUGUCUCACAAUAUAUAUAUAUAUAUAUAUAUAUAU